AUGGCAGCUGAGACAGAAAACACCCUCUCCAAGGUCGACUCCCUCGUAGAAGAGGCACCCGUCAAGAAGCCCGGCCACCGCAGGGGUAGUUCCCUCGCCGCCGAUGUCUACAACAUCAACGACCUAGAGAAGGAGAAUAAGCCCAUCAAGAUCGCCAUCGAGACACAAAAGCUAGGCUGGAAGCUGAACACCUCGCCCUCAUCAAUAGAUGACAAGGAUGUGUUAAAGAAGCCUCUCACCGAACCCAAGAUCAAGAAGAUCGACCUGCACUUCCCACUCGGUCUUGAGGUCACUGCACGGAACUUGAAGGGUGUCACCAUCAAGGAUGCGUUAGACGCAAUCCACAAGCAGUUCAAGAAGAAGGACGACCCCGCUGACAACGUCGCACCACAGGCUGAUGAUGAGCUCGACGCACCCUACCUCGCUGGCUUCGAGUGGGAUCCGGAAGAGUGCUACACCCGAUUCAUCGUGCACCAGAAGAAGACGGGAGAGCAAUCAUCAAACACCUCGGGCAAGAAGAAGAAGAAGGGUGCCCACGCUGACGAGUAAUGAAUGACUCGCCCCCGACUUCCCUCGACACUCUUUAUACUAUUCCAAUCAACUGGCCUCCUCGACGACGACAUAUCCAACUAUCCGGACAUUGCAGCGUUCACGUCAAAUGACGGCGAUGAUGGCAAUGGCGAUGACGGAUACCAGAUAUGUGCUCGCGCUGUCGGCGAGGAUCGGCAUAUGGUUCCAAAAGGGAAGAGCGGUGCUCGCCUGCCUUGAAUGAAGUGGAUGGCGAGGUAAGCUUGCUGCAUGCCCGGUGUAUCUGGCCUUUACUGUGUAGGUAGAUUGAGGU